AUGAAGGAAAAUGAAGUGGAUGUUCAGGUGGCCCAUUUCACAGUGGACAACCAGGACAUCUCUCUCUGGCCCCGAGACCCUCCUCCAAAGAAGGAGGCAUCAACAGCCCGGAGGACCCUGACCUCUGUCCAUGUGGUUAUUAUUCUAAUGGCGCUAGUCCUGGUUGCCUUCCUCCUGGCCAUGGCCAUUCUCUAUCCCCAGUUACUGGGCAAGAUAGAUGAUGUCAAGACCUCUGUCCACAUGCUCAAAGGCCGUGCAGAGAAUGCCAGUGUCUCUCUCCAUUCCGAGAUCAGGAAGUUGAGAAACAAGUUGGAAGAUUCCCAUACUGAGCUCCAGAUGUUAAAUGGCACCUUGAGGGUUUCAAAUGCUCAGAUCCAGCUGCUGAAUGCUAAGUUGAAGAAUGCUAAUAAUCAGCUUCAAACAUUAAUGAGUAGUUGGGAAGAACUUGAUGACUUAAACUCUCAGAUUCCAAGCCUGAAACAGGAUUUGGCGAAAACUGGGGAACUCAAGACUAAGGUUGAACAGCUGAGGAAAGACCUCCAGGCCUUGGGUGCAUCACUGUCGCAGCAACGUUACAUUCUGGAGAUGGCCUCGCAAGACUGGAAAUUCUUCCAAGGGAACUUUUACUAUUUUUCUACCAAGAGAAAGUCUUGGUACAGUGCUGAACAGCUCUGCACCACUCGAGACUCUCAUCUGACCUCGGUGACUUCAGCAAAAGAACAGGAGUUUCUUUAUAAGACAGCAACAGGAAUUUCUUAUUGGAUUGGUCUGACAAAAACAGGGUCUUCUGGCACCUGGCACUGGAUUGAUGGAACCCUAUAUAUAGAGAGGGAGAAUGCUCGGUUCUGGGCCGAGGGGGAACCUAAUAAUAAUCAUGGAAACGAACACUGUGUGAAUUUAGAGAAGUCCUCUCUGAUGUCCUGGAAUGAUGUAAACUGUGACCAGGAGCUCCAAUUCAUUUGUAAGAAGAAUCCAAAGCCAUCAGAGAUGGACCAGUUGGACCAGUUCUAUGGUAGAAGCCCACUUCAACCUCUUAGUUCCUUCCAAACUGGACACAAGUAUGAUAUCCAGCCCCCCAAUAUCCACAGGGGCAUUUCUCCUUAG